AUGCUUCGACACACAAUUCAGACCUCCGACUCCGGGCCCUCAAGUUCCACCUCGUCAACUCCGGCCACCCCCACCUCCGCCCCUGCCACUUUCACUCCCUCUGGAACUCCCGGUGGAACCUUUAUCCCUGGUGAAACACGGGCCACCCGCUCGGCCCGUUCCACCCAGCUCUACCUCACGCACACUGCCCGCAUCCAACUCGCCCCCCGCACCCAUACCACUCUCACCGUAAACCUUCCCACCUUCAAGCUCCCGACCUACACUUCAAGACACCCCGUCCAUGGCUUCCGCCCCGUCAACUCGACCACUUCCGCUGGCUUCCACUCGCCGGCCUUUGGGGCCUUUGUCGAAUGCACUUCGCGCAUCGCGCUUGAAGAGAACAGGGCGCGGCAGAGACUUGUUAUCGAGCCAUGGCUUAGCAGGCGUGCCUGGGCGAGGACGGCAGAGGCGCUGACUGUUCAGAGAGGCUUACUGCCUGGCGCGGACUUGGGCUGGUUUGAGGAGGCCGUGAAGGUCAUACCUGCUGACGGCGAGGAGGAGAAGGGAGAGUAUCGCAUUGCCAUCAAGAAGGCCCCGGACAGAUUCCAGCCCAGGACUGGUCCGGGCCCUUCGAUUUUUCCACGCGGGAAGGGGUUCGAUAGUUUCUACUACCGCAACCGCGCUGGCAGCAUCAUGGUCGUUCUUGACAGCCGGCGCGAGGGACUCUCGAGGGUGGAUAUUGUCCUGCUGAACUGGAUUGUGGAUUAUGUACGCACGCACUCAUGGGCGGUGCUCAUUCGCGACGACUGGCCCACUGCGUGUGCGGCGCUGUUGCGUGAGAAGGGCGUGGAUAUGACUGUAAGAGAGAUGAGGAGGAAGUGGUCGUUCUUUUGGGACUGGGUUGUGAAGUGGAGGGGGAGCGUGUAUGCCGGGAGAUUUGUGCAGAGGGCUGAGGGUAUGUAG